GACCACAAAAGCAAACGGCUGCAGUUGCAGAGCGCACGUUCAGCUACACCCUUGUACAGCAGUGUAAUUUCUCCAUCAGUUUCUCACAGACAGUUCAGAGAAAUCACUUCAGCAGCGAAGCCUAUUUCACCCACCACUCACAUCUCUGAGGAUCAGCACACAAGCUGCGCAGAUUUAGCACCGGAUGAAACGUUCUUUGUCACCACUUUAGAAGAGAAGUUGAAGCAGCAAAGUAAAACAUGUCCUCAAAGAGUUAUGACCCUGGGGACUCCACACUGAAAUUUGUCGACAGAGAGGACGAGUUAGACUUUCUGUGUGAAGGUUUCGAGUCUCCAAGAGCUCUGAUGUCCUGUGGUCACGCUGUGACCCUGAUGUCUCUCACUAAGUGGUGUCGCAGGUUGUUGGACGAGGGUAAAAGUAGAUUUGUGUGUGGCCAGAUGAAUUGUGAGGUGGAGUGGUCUUAUGAGGAAGUUUGUAAAAUGGCUCUUCUGACCCCUGAAGAAAAGAAGUACUUUGAAAAAACCAUGGCCUCCAAUUCUCUCAGGACUUACUUUGAUACCAAAAAAUGUCCUGGCUGCAAGUCUUCUGUUGUGAGAAAGAAUGAAAAUAACCUGAAUGUCUGCUGCAAAGUGUGCGAAGCAAACAAGGGAAAGACUUAUGAAUUCUGCUGGCAAUGUCUGAAGGAAUGGAAACGUCCACGACUACAGUCAGACCGCUGUGACAAUGAUGGCUGUGCCAACGAGGCUUUAAAAAUAUUAAAGAACUGUCCAGUUAUGGCCUUUGAGUCUGUGAAAGGAGUCAAUGAUUGUCCCUCUAUCCGUGCCUGUCCAACUUGUGGCACAUUAGUGAAACACAGCACAAAAAAAUGUAAAAAUAUUGUCUGUCAAGGAUGUAAAGUGGAGUUCUGUUUUGUGUGCCUGAAGACCACUAAAGAGUGUUUGGAAUUGAAACCACACAGUUAUUUUGCACAGUGCUCCAGUGAUGUUGCACCGAGACAGACCUCUAUACCUGUGCAGAAGAAGUGAGAAGAACAUGUGCUGUAUGUGCUUCAGUUUCUUUUGAUAAUUCAUUGUGAUUUUGUUUUACAUUGAACACCAGUGCCCAUUGUUGUGUUUUCCGUCUGUCUGUGUUUGAACAUUUGAAAUCAAAUUUCUUCAUACAACUUUAUGUCUACAAAUAUUACACAUAUUGGUAUCAGAAUCGCCAAGUAUUAUCUGUGUACAACGGUGUAAAGGAAUGACAAUAAAUGUGAAUCAUUUAAUCGAUUCAUGAAUUUGAA